AGUCAUGCCAGAUAUCUCUGGAUAGAGAAUGGGGACUGUGCUUGGUUAAUUUUUGACCAAGCUGUCAGCUGACUUUCAGAGCUCCUGUAUAUAUUGAGAAAACUGCUGGCAAACUGUCUGCUGCAAAGGGGGACAUUUAAGGCUGUGAAGAUGCGUGGUGUUUUCAGUAGUUGUGCACUUGCAGUUCUGCUGCUGGCUGCAGCCUUGGCAGACCACCACCACCACCACCACCACCACACUCAGGGAGAAAUGAGCUGUCACAGGAUUUCUCCUUCCAAUGCUGAUUUUGCCUUUGCCCUCUACAAAAGUCUAAGCGCCAAUGCUGAAGCUGGAAAGAACAUCUUCUACUCGCCGCUGGGCAUCUCCACUGCUCUGUCCAUGCUGUCUACAGGGGCCCGAGGCGAAACCCACAGCCAGCUGUUCUCCAGCUUGGGCUACAGCGCUCACAACCAGGAACAGGUGGAUGAGUCAUACAAGCAUCUUUUCCACAUGCUUGGCCACAGCCAGGAGCAACAGCAGCUGGAUGUUGGUAAUGUUGCUGCAGUGCGCUCUGGCUUCAACCCAAUGGAGAAGUUCCUGAAUGAUGUCAAGCAGUCCUACUCUGGUGAGGUCCUUAAAGUCGACUUUAAUAAUCCCACUGAGGCUGCAGCUGAGAUCAACAGAUUCAUCGCCAGUAAAACCCAGGACAAGAUCAAAAACAUGGUGAAGGACUUGGACCCGGCUAUGGCCAUGGUGCUGAUCAACUACGUCUACUUCAGAGGACAGUGGGAGAAACCCUUCGAUGGUAACCUGACAGAGAAGGCUGACUUCCAUGUGGAUGAAAAUACCAAUGUUCAAGUGGACAUGAUGAAGAGGACAGGUCGCUAUGACCUCUAUCAGGACAUCGACAACCACACCACAGUCAUCAUGCUGCCCUACAAGGGCAACACCUCCAUGAUGAUCGUCCUACCCGAUGAGGGCAAGAUGAAGGAGGUGGAGGGCUACAUCAACAAGGACUACAUUAAACACUGGCAUGACUCGCUCUUCAGGACUUCUGUGGAUUUGUUCCUGCCAAAGUUUUCCAUCUCCACUGAUGCUUCCCUGGAUAGCACCUUGAAAGAAAUGGGUAUAACCAAUGCUUUUGCAGACAACGCUGAUUUCUCUGGCAUGUCUGAUGAGGUUAAACUUAAAGUCUCAAAGGUUUCCCACAAAGCCGUGCUGAGCGUGGAUGAAACUGGCACAGAGGCAGCAGCCAGCACCACCAUCGAGAUCAUGCCCAUGAGCAUGCCUGAAGUCAUGACACUCAACAGACCCUUCUUGGUCUUCAUCCUUGAACACUCGACAAAGAGCAUCCUCUUCAUGGGCAAGAUCAACGACCCCACAGCCAUGUAGAGAAUCCAUGAAAAUGAGUCCAACAUUUUAACACUGGAGUAGGUUUUUUUUUAUGUAGCGUCAGGACACAUAUGUAAGCUCUGAGGAGAUGUCACAGUGGUUUAAGAACAUUUGGGGUAUGAUGAAAAGAGGAUGGUUUGGUGAACAAGACAACAGAUCAAUCAUAAAGAACAGAAAUGUUGCUCAAUUUGAAGUCUUCCAGCAUGACACAUUUAUUACCAUCAACUAAACCUGGCUCGGUGAACCAAUGUCUAAAUACAUUAUAUUGUAUCCAGCUAGCUUUUGUUAAAGUUAUAGAAUAAAAACAAUGGUGGAUGUUCACCAUUGAGACAUCUGCUUAAACACUGAGCCUAUGUGUCCUAUUGUGCUUUUGCUGUUUCAACAUCCUUCAAUACCAACUGAAAUAAAGACUUUGUCAUGAACAACUGG